AUGGACGUAUCAAAGACCCUGCACCGUUUCCGCGCUGACUUUUACAUUCCAGGGGAUGGCCCCCUGGUGCGCGACUGGGUGCGGGUGUGUGUCACAUGCCAGCGGAACAAGACGGAGACACUCCGUCCGGCGGGCUUGCUGCAGCCGCUGGACGUGCCGUCCCAGGCGGAGUUUGCGGUGGGCGACUGGGUCUGGCUACGCCUUCUUCACCGGACGACCCAGUCCUUGGACCCGCGCUCCAGGUGCAAGUUGGGACCUCGUUAUGCUGUUCCUUUCCGUGUGCUGGAGCACAUCGGCAAGCUCGCCUACCGCCUUGAGUUGCCUGCGGGCUCGCGCCUCCACGACGUCUUCAACGUUGGCCUCCUGAAGGCCUACCGGGGCGACCCUCUUUCUGCACCACCAGUUCUUCCACCUACUUCGGAUGGGCGUCUCGAGCCUGCCCCGACGAGUGUGGCUCGCGUGUUGAAGGCCCAGCAGCGCCGUGGUGUUUGGCACGUCUUGGUUGCACAUUGUGCAGCUUUAGAAAUCGCACGGGACCAAGACGGUCCGAAGGCCCAUGUGCACGUGGAGGAUAACCAUGUCGGUAUCGCACGACGCCUCCGCGACACUGCCAGGGAAGCAGGUCACACUAUAUCCUACUUCAGGAAUAGGUCCGGAGCCCUCAGGGAACGUAUGCCCACAUGGAGGGAGGAGGUUCCCAGGGAUGUGGAGGAGGACAACUACACACUGGCACAUGACGCCAACGCCGUGUGUUGCCUGUCAGGUGAUCGAUGGAAACCACGAUGUGUGGAUGAGGACACAGAUGGGGAAAUAUCAGGACCAAGCACUAGACUGGCAAAUGAGGGUUGUAAUGAGACACAUCUCAGCACUAGACUAAAAGAGCAUGAGACAAGUGUGGAUCAUGUUUUGAAUAUGACCAGAUGGUACGAGUUGCGUGCUAGAUUGGAAACACAUCAAACUAUUGAUAAAUCUGCUCAACGACAACUUGAGAAAGAAAAGGACCACUGGAGACAGGUUUUGUUCAGAAUUGUUUGUGUUGUGAAAUUUUUGGCCAAGCAUAAUCUAGCCUUUCGUGGUAGUAACGGAAAAUUGUAUGAAGAUAGCAAUGGUAAUUUCUUGGGUUUGAUAGAGAUGUUGGCUGAAUUUGACCCUGUUACUCAGGAGCAUGUUCGUCGUAUUACAAAUGAAGAAACUCAUGCACAUUAUCUUGAUCAUAAGAUUCAGAAUGAGUUGCUACACUUGCUUGCUUCCUCUAUCAGGUAUGAAAUCAUUAAGAAAAUAAAGAGUUCAAAGUAUUUCUCUAUCAUACUUGAUUGUACCCCUGAUGCAAGUCACCAAGAGCAAAUGUCGUUAAUUAUAAGAUAUGUGGAUACAUCUUCAAAGCAUGUUUGCAUAGAAGAAUCCUUUCUCGGAUUUUUAGAUGUAAAUGAUACGACUGGACAAGGACUAUUUGAUGUGCUAGAGAAUGAAUUAAAGCUUCUUGAUCUUGAUAUCAAUGAUGUGCGAGGGCAAGGUUAUGAUAAUGGGUCAAAUAUGAAAGGAAAAAAUCAAGGGGUACAACGGAAACUUUUGAAUGUAAAUCCUAGAGCUUUCUAUUCUGCUUGUGGUUGCCAUAGUCUUAACUUGACACUUUGUGAUAUGGCCAAGACACGUGGUAGAGCAAAAGACUUCUUUGAAAUCAUCCAACGCAUCUAUACAAUUUUUGCUAAUUCUACGAAGAAAUGGCAUAUUCUGAAAGAUAACAUAUCAGGAUGGACUCUUAAGUCAGUGUCAGCUACACGUUGGGAGAGUCGUGUUGAAAGUGUCAAAUCUAUUAGAUUUCAAUGUGCAGACAUUCGAGAGGCUCUACUUCAGGUUUCCGAAACUGAUAAUGAUCCUAAGACAAGCAGUGAGGCUUUAGGUUUGGCAAAAAAUGAACUUGGAGACUAUGAAUUUAUAGUGGCAAUUGUUAUUUGGUUUGAGGUAUUGUCUGCUGUUAACUUAGUAAGCAAAAGCUUGCAAACUAAGGAUAUGCUUAUUGAUGUUGCUAUUGAGAAAGUGCAAGGUCUGAUGUCUUUUUUCGAGGGGCACAGGGAAACUGGUUUCUUAGAGGCCUUGGAGAAAGCUAAAGGAAUUGCACUUGAGUUGAAUAUUGAUGCAAAAUUUCGUGAAAAGCGGGAAAUUAAAAGAAAGAAGCAGUUUGAUGAGAACCCGGAUGACACAAAUAUUGCCACACAGUCUGCGGAAGAAUCAUUUCGAGUCAACUAUUUUAUACCUCUUGUUGAUCAAGCAAUUUCCUCACUCAAAACCAGAUUUGAACAAUAUGAGGGCUACCAGAAAAUCUUUGGUUUCUUAUUUACCUCUGAAAAGUUACAGUCACUGGAUGAUGAUACCUUGAAAUCUUCUUGUGAGAAUCUUCAGGCUGCUCUUACAAAAGAUAAAAAAUCUGAUAUUGAUGCCAGUGAUCUUUAUGUUGAGCUGAAGUUUCUUCGAGAAUUCAUUAAAGAAAAUAUGGGACCAGUUGAAGUUCUGAAUUUUUUGAAGAGGCAUGAUUGUUUUCCCAACGCAAGUAUUGCAUAUAGAGUUUUAUUGACCAUUCCUGUGACUGUUGCAUCAGCAGAACGGAGCUUUUCUAAGUUGAAGUUAUUGAAAUCAUAUAUGCGUACUACGAUGACACAACAAAGACUCAAUGAUUUGGCGACAAUAUCACUUGAGAGUGAAAUGUUGGAGAAGAUUUCUUAUGAGGAUAUCAUUGAAGAUUUCAUUUCGAAGAAUCCCAAAAGAAUGAUGUUAUUUAAAUAA